AUGGCCACAAAAGACAAAAUUGGAAGAUCCAUUAUUGCGUCUUUCGUAGCUGCCCUUGGAUCGAUUAGCUUUGGUUAUUGCAUGGCAUACUCCUCAUCUGCAUUGGUGGAUUUGACAAGUUCCGACACACAUUCUGCUGUUCGUUUGACUGGUGUACAGGGAUCCUGGUUUUCCGUGAGUAAAUCUUUGAAUUGUCUUUAGCAAACGAGCAGUAAUAUUGCAUAAGAUUAUAAUAACAGCUUUGUGAAAUCUGCCUGUAUUUAUGACUCAGAGAGUUAAAGAAUACUAAACACAGGGGCACCCAACGGCAAUUUUCGGAAAAAUAUCUGUUCGGAAGACGAUUUGAGAUCUAGAAUUUUCGGAGCAUUUGUUGUAAAAUUUCUUGCUUGCCUGCCUCUCCUAGGAUUUUCGAACAUCUACAAAAUGGUAUAAUUACCCAUUUUUAACGGAUUUUGACCCUAAAAAAGGCCACCUAGAAUUUUCGGGAGCCUUUUCCUGGCUGAAGUUUUCGAGAAGGUAAGUUUUUAUCCCUAUAAUUUUCGGAUCACUAGACUUUCAGCUAGGAAAUCCGAACAGAUGAAAGGUUUUUAGGGGAUAAAAAUAUGCCUAUAUCUACCGUUUGAAUACUAAAAUACGUUCAACAAUGUUAUGUUAAGUGGUUUUGAACUAUAUCCUCGUUUGGUGCCCCUGUAAACAGCAAGUUGAAAACCGUAAUAUUUAUCAUGAAAAAAAAAAAGGAGAAAAAUUUUGUUUUCUUUAUUGCAGGCACGGUCUUUUAUCUUUACGGGAGAGUUGAUAGCGCGCCUGAGGCUAUUCAAAUCUUCUAAAUUAAUCGGAUGUGAGGUCCCAAGCGUGCGCAUCGGUGGUUUUUUUCAUUAAAUUCAAAAAAUUUUAAAAAAUUCAUUAAAUUAGCGCCAGGGAAUACAAAGCGCGCCCUUAGAUUUACCAAAGAAAAAAACUAUACUACAUUCUAGUGGCUAUGUUUCAUGAAUUUACCUGACACUGUUUUUGCAUGCAGUAUUUGAUUUCCAUUUCUGCCCAAUUUAUCAUUGUUCUCACUUAGACAAAACAUAAAGCAUGAAAAUAAUACAAAGUCUUGUCCGAUCAAGAUCGAAGGCAUACUGCAGCUGAUUAGUUUAUAGUUGUGAUGUUGACCUGAAAUUCCUUUGAGUCGUUCGUAGACUGAUGGCAUGGAACGAUUAAAUUUAAAACUAUUUUAAGCUAAUACGGCUGUGCACAAUUUCCUGGUCAAGCAAAUUUUCUCUUUGUGGAAAACACGAGUACACACCAAAUAGUUCCGAAAAUCUCACUGGGUUUAAUGUUCACAAUCCUUAGUCCUCAAGGUAAUAACGACACCAAACAACAAAGUUUUUUCUGCGAACUCGAUCAGUUUUUUCUUUUCCGAACCACGAGGUCUGUAAAAGUACUACUCAAAACGAGGUUUGAUAAACAUGACUUCAUGUAACAGUCACGAAUGUUCAAACAGUCUCAACAUCUUUGCAUCGGUCGCCGGAGUACCACGGGUUUGGCAACGCAUUGACGGUUAAUUGUUUUACACUUUCAGCCAAAAACCAUUUGUUUGCAAUCGGCCAUUUCCGCCGAGCUCCAAAAACUCUCACUUUCAAUACGAGGCUAAGUGCAAAACCUUUCUUGCGAAAAUAAUUUUUUUUGCAUUGGAAUAAAAAGUCUCGCUGCUCGAGCCACACGCUUGGCUUAGCGAGAACGUACCAGGAGCCACUUUUUACAUCUUCGUCUUUACUUCUUCAUUCUUGCUUUUUUAUCCUCUAUUAAUUCUUACUAACAGCCCUAACUCUUACUCAACUCCAACUCCUACUCACUAACAAGCCUAAUAGUAGCCGUUUAAAUAUAGACAAUUUUGGACAUAUUUAGGUAGUCUGACAGGUGAGAAUACAAAGCAAGGCGAACUCGGUGGGGUUUAUCUUUUGAUGUGACUGAACCUACACAGCUGUGAUUAAAAAGUAGCAACAAACCAAUGAAAAACUAAAAACCCUGAAACCAAACCCAAACAGGAACUUAAAGGGGCACAAUAAACCAAGGUCGGCUUUGGACCUCCCAAACACGAACAUCUUUGUAAAACUCACAUCUGGUUAUGCCAAGACAAGAAUAUUCCAAAAAUGGAAAUUAAACUGCGAGCUAAGCAUAAACUCAAGCAAUAGUAAAAUCAAAAGAUCAAACAGGCCGGGAAAACACCCAUGUGGACAAAAUCCAGACUAACCUUGGCCUACUUCAGCAAUGAAACAAACACAAACUUAACAGAAAAGAUAUAAUACGUUAGCUCGUUAUGUUAAACUGAGUAACUUUCAAAAUACUUUGAAACAAUAUAUAUCUUGCAGCACCUUCAGCCCUCACUUUCAAGUUGAAUUUCUGAUGAACUCCACUGCCGAGUGCCGGUACUGUUUCAAAGGGACUGAUUUUGCCUUUAGGAGUUUAUAUGUCCUGGAGUAGGACAUCACUUAAGCCAAAAACUAGGAUCAACGAUGCGGAAACAUUAAAUGGGACGUUAAACUUGGUGUCGGAAGUUGAUAGUAGGGAUUUCCUUUAUGUAGUCUAUUAAAUGAAAUGGUUAACGUGUGAGUUAUGGACGCACUCAGGAGGUUGCUAAACACGAAAGAAGCGUAAGAGCGUAAGAGCAACUUAAGCUUCUUGAGUGCGGGCAAAAGUAAAACCUUCCAUUAAGUGCAUGCGUAAGACGAUGGUUGUACUGCUGCAACGUUUACCAUUUUUUAUAACAUAAUAAAUAAAGAAGAACUUUUAAUUUUGUUCACAGAUAACAGGGAAAUGAUAUUUAGUGUUGGUGUUAUGCAAUCUGCUCGCGCUUUGGCGAGUACAUGAAAUCAUUCUUUGCAAAGUCUUUUCUUUUAAAAACUGAGCUUUUUGCUGAAUAAGUAGUAGUGGUAGUUCUGCGUAUCAAUCUGGAUUUUUAAGCCUUGUCACGCUGCUAUCUUUAACGUUUUUUGUCAGCUUUCUCUCAGUCGUGAGACAAAUGCCUUUACAAACUAUGAGAAAGAAACAAUAUGAAUAUACUCGUGUAGACGUGACCCUUACGGCUUUGAACAGGCGCUAGUUAAAUGGGUAAUUAGCCAAUCAGAGCGCGGUCGUUACUUUUGUUAUGUUGUUACUUGGCAUACAGUAAAUCAUUAUGAUAUGCUUAUUCAGCUGGAUAUGGUCUACAAAAACGCUGAUUUUGUCUUACAGGGUAGAAGCGAGGAAGGGAGCUAGCUCAAAUAAAUUUUAUAACGCAAAGUUAAAAACUUUAUCUUUAAUACCAAUCAAGUAAUGAUGAAACUUCUUAAGUAUGCAGUGAACAAUACCGGGUAUUAAUACAGUUGUACUUACUAUAUUAAGAAAUCAAUUUACCAGAGGGCUCUUUAUUCUUGCUAAAGUUUAUUUCACAAGCCCUUAGAAUAUUCAAAUCUCCUUUCCUUUUUUUUCUUUUUGCAGUCUUUGGUGGCAGUCGGUGCUGUUUUUGGGUGUCCCAUAGGUGGAUGGGCGAUUGAUAAGUUUGGUCGCAAGAGGACCUUACUCUUCUGUUCUGUUCCCUUUGAACUUGGAUGGCUUCUGAUAAGCUUUGCACAGAAUCGGGCUAUGUUGUACGCUGGUCGCAUCACUACAGGCUUGGCUUGUGGCAUUGUUUCAGUUGCGGCUCCAGUAAGUUUUUUAAACAAGUUAUAAAGAAAAAGGAAAUGUGAAAAUUCAAAGAAGUGGGAAAAUAUGUUGUACUAUUUAUUAUUCUGCAAAUGAACUAAGAGUGUAAAUUGAAGCUUUCUUAAAAGCUUCGAUCCGCUAGGAAUUCUGGCGUAGGUUUCUUUUUGUGGGAAAAGUUACAUUUUGAGAAUUUAAAUUGGGGAUCCUAACUGUGAAUUUCUGUUGUCCUAAAGGUAUACAUCGCCGAGAUUGCACACCCACGGACUCGUGGCAUGCUGGGUUCUAUUAGUACACUGGCCAUCGUUACUGGCCUUGUGAUGUCCUUUGUAGCAGGCGUCUUUUGUCAUUGGAAAUUGCUGGCUCUUAUCGGUGGAGUCCCUCCAGCCCUCCUCGUUAUAUUUUUGUACUUUAUGCCAGAGACUCCGAUAUGGUUAUUAAGAAAGAAACACAGAAAAGAAGCAUUAGACUCGCUUGUAUGGCUACGGGGCUCUAACAUCGACACCGACAUCGAGAAAGAGGGUUUAAAAGUUGCGGUGAUAAUUGGUAAGAGGUUGCAUUUUUCUGCUUAUAUACUGUUAAUGACAAGCCUCAGUCUCAGCUAAAAAUACCUGGGACACUUCCACUGUACGCUGUAUAUUUCCUUCUUGUCCGUCUACUCUCCCUUCCUGUGUUGUUUAUCGCAGUUAACUCACCAAAUCUUGCAGGUCUGGAUCCAGGAUAAAUACUGACCAAUUUCCUAAAUGAGCGCCGAUGGCACAAAUUCCAAGGGGGUCCGGGGGCAUGCUCGUCCGGGAAAUUUCUUGGAUUUUAACUCCCUAAAGUCCUCUUUCUUGGAUUUCUAAGUCAUUAAGAAAGGAUAUUGGCCACUUCAUUCUCCUCGGAUGAAGCCUUUCAAAUCGGCUGAUUAUUUCAUCAAGGUCAAUUUCCAUAUUGUAGAGGAUACGAAGCAAGGAGAGUACAAACCAUUUUCCAGAUAUUUAUUGUGAAAAAUCUGACCGAUUUCCGUAAAACGAUGGAAACCGGUGUGGAUCCGCGCCUGCCUUGUGCACUAACAAUGAAAGGGCGAGAAGACAAUCAAGUGUCCCAACAAUUUUGAUUGGGACUGCAGGUCAAGCCAACCCCCAUAGAUUGGAAUAAUAAAUCCAUAUUGUUUGAAAUUUGAAUCCCGCGUCAGUCGUUGUCACUAGUGUGAAGCCUGUGUAGCCUCAGAAAACAGCUCGUAUCUUACGUCGCCAUCACUGGUUUCCCCACGAAACGACGUCUGAAGAACUGGCGCAGAAAUUCCAUACUGUUGACGUGCCACUACCCAGACCUGGGUGCUGCUUCUGAUUGGUCGUGCUGCGAGGGAAGUUUGCAUUAUUCCAAACAGAAGUAGCACCAAGAUCUGGGUAGUGACACGUCAUCAGUAUGGAAUUUCUGAGCUGAAUUCCACAGACUUCAUUUUGGAGGGAAACCAGUGGACGGCAUCGUCGCCACUGUUGGCUGUUUUCUCAGGAUAGCGGUACUGGUAUGAAAUUCAAUCUAAAUUCCAGAACAACAAUAACUUCUCUAGUUAUUCGGUCAGACUCAAAACACUCCUUCACACUUGGACUGGAUUAAGCUCCUAGUCUUCCUAUGAAGGCAAUUAUUAAAAAAUAAAGCUGUGUUGAAAGAAUUUUAAAAAAAUGUUUUUACUUAACCUCGCUUGUAAACUCAUGUAUUUUAAUUGCAUGGCUCAAGAAUUAUAAUAUUGCUAAUGACUAACGAUUCAAUUUUCAAAUACUGAAUGGAUUCAUUAACAGAAUCUAUAGGGGAACGAUGAAUAACACGAAAAUCAGAAAAUAAAAAUCCAUCUAUCUUUAAAGAAAAGACAAGACGGCAUUCCUUUUUUGGCAGCAUUUUGUACCUAAUUGCCUUACUGCCUCAAGGGCUGGUCAAAAGAAAUGGACAAAAAAAUGAAACAAAAGGUGGCUAAGAAUCCCGGAGGCAAUUCAGUUGGCUAUUCUACAAAAACUCCGGGCCUCAAAAUUACAAGUCCAGCGCUCUAACCGCUCGGCCAGUCCGCACUUCUCCAAAGGUUUAAGGGAAGAAAAAUGUAUUUAACUCAUGUUAAGCUACUGUGCGCAUGUCCAACUACUGUGCGCUAUUCUUUUGAGGUCAGAAUUUGCUGAAGGAAGUAAACAUUGUUGUUUUCAUUUGAUUUUUUUAUGUCUUUAUUUUAUCUUGCAGGUCAUGAGGAAAAGCUUUCAUUGCCUGAUUGGUUAUCACCUGUGAUAACAAAGCCCUUGAUAAUCAGCGUUGGAUUAAUGAUUUUCCAACAGCUAUCUGGAAUCACUGCUGUGGUAUUUAAUGCUGCUAGUAUCUUUGCAAUUGCAGGCUUUACAGACAGCAAACUUGUCAGCAUUUCAGUUAGUUUGGUCCAGUUUUUAGGCACCAGUUUGGCAUGCUUAGUGAUUGACAAGACGGGACGACGAGUCCUCUUGUUAACAAUGUCAAUUGCUAUGUCCUGUACUCUUUUUGGCCUUGGCGCGUAUUUUGAAAUCUGCAUACCACCGAUGGGUGCAAAUUCGUCUUAUCACGUAGCCCUCUUGUUGGGUACCAUCAGCCAUUCAGUCCCCUCAUCAAAGAUAAACUGGCUUGCCAUCGUCUGUAUAGUUUUGUUCAACCUGUUUUUUGCUUUCGCUUGGGGUCCCGUACCGUGGCUUGUCAUGUCAGAGAUAUUUCCCCCGCGAGCUCGAGGCCCUUGCUCCAGUCUUGCAACUAUUGCGAACUGGCUGGCAGUAUUUAUUGUUACCAAGACAUAUAACACCAUGCAGACGUCAAUGAGCAUUCAGGGAACAUAUUGGUUCUUCGGGGGAUGCUCUAUGCUUGGAUUUAUUUUUGUUUACAUGGUUAUGCCGGAAACUAAAGGGAAAACUUUAACAGAAAUCGAGGCUAUUUUUGACCAAAGACAAAUCGGAAUGUCAGAUAAACGGAUCAGUAUUCAAGACAGUCUUACAAUUUACAAAAGCAUUGAUUAA